AUGUUUGAAGGCUUUGUCUCUUCCAUCCUGAACAGCUAUCUUGGGCGUUACGUCAACAACCUGGAUCCAGACCAGCUGCGGCUUGCCGUGUGGAAUGGCGAUGUUGAGCUUGAAGGCCUGUCCCUCCGGAAGGAUGCUCUUCGUGGCUUCGACUUGCCCCUCGAUGUGAAAGCUGGUUUCCUUGACAAGCUGCGCGUCCAGAUUCCCUGGUCUGGCCUGCGCACGCGCAGCGUUGUCAUUGAGAUUGAAAAUCUCCACAUCCUAGCUGGCCCACCUCCCGCUGGCGAUUACGAUGCUGAAGCCGAGGCUCAGCGACUCGAGGUCCAUAAACAGGAACAGCUUGCAAUUCUUGAAGCGCAGCUCUUCAAGACUCUGGAUGACAAGCAGGCGCAAAAUGGGGGCCCAGCCCAGCCUGAAAUGCCUGCCUCUUCACUUGUCGACCAGGUCGUCGACAACAUUCAGGUGGUCAUCAAGAACGUGCAUAUUCGGUUUGAGGACGAUCGCCGGCAUGCCCACACCCCCGUUGCCUUUGGGAUCCGGCUGGAUCGCCUCGCCAUGACGAGUACCGAUGCCAAUUACAAUCCCAAGUUUGUACAGCACACUCAAGCUGUGGCCCACAAACUUUUGGACAUGAAGAAUCUGCUGAUCUAUGCCGACGUGGCCGGGUCCAGUUGGACGAAUCUGAUCAACAGGCCUUACGAGCUUCAACAGCAAUUCAAACAAGGUGGCAAUUUUGAGUCUGUGAUGCAGCCUGUCAGUGUUCUUGGGCGCAUGCGUCGGAACCGCAGUCAAGGCUUGAUGGACGUUCCCGCGCUCUCCUUGGAGAUUGAUGCAGGCGAGAUCCCCUUCGUCUGUUCCAAGGAACACCUGAGGGGCCUUAUCUACAUCCAGCAGACGUUUACCAACCUGAUGGAGCGCAGUCAAGGCCGCCGGCGACUUUUUCGUCGACGCCCGGUAGAGCGAAUCGCUGAGGCCAUGCAGCAUCCUUUGACCGACCUUCAUGCCCAAAAAAGCCGGUUGCGCCGUCGAAUCAAGGCGUGGUGGACCUACGCGGCUGAGGCUGUGCGGGUCACCAUCGUCAAGCCUGGCGGGGCGGGCUCUACGUUUCGCAUUGACCCAGCGCAAUUUGAUCGUUGGUGUGCUCGAAAGCAUCGUUACAUCAAGUUGUGGAUCCGCAAAAUGACCCAAACCAGCCUCAAUACAGCCGAUGCCCUGGAUCAAAUCAAAGCCGUGCGCCAGGAACAAAGCAUGACUGCAGAUCAAACUUGGUACGGAUGGUUCUUUGGUUCGGCGGCCGCAGCCACAAUCCAAGCUGAUGCUGCGCUGGCAGCAGAGCCGAACGCAGAGACCGGCCCCGAAGCUUUACAAAGCAUGCAUUUGACCGAAGAAGAAAGGCAAGAGCUCUUUCAUGAACUUGAGGGUAACCGCGCCCCUGAUGAAGAAGGGUCCACAACUGCCAUCGGGGCUCGUGUCACCCUCAAUCUCCAACAGUUUGGCCUCAAGAUCGUCAACCGCACCUACGUUUCCACCAUUGAAGCUCUGGACGCGCACGAGAUAGAUACCGCGACCCAGCAGGCCGUGGAUGACAUGCUGCUGGAAGUACGCUCCACUAACUUUGCCUUUUCCUUUGAAAAACGAAAUCUUCCCGAGCCAGGCUUCUCUUUGCACGCCACCUUGGGCGUCUGCGAGCUUUUGAGCAGCGCGCUCGAGCCUGGGGCACCGCCCAAGACCAUCAUUGGCGCAAAAAGCACGCCGCCAGCGCCGGAUCACGAUGGCAUCGACGCCACAGAUGCCCCCUGUCUUUCCGUCUCAUUGCACGAGAAUUUGCCGACGUCAGUCUAUGACUACGUUCUUCACCUGCACCUACUACCCUUCCAGGUCCACAUCUCACCAGAGUGGCUCGAGGCCGUUCUGGCCUAUGCACUCGAUGUCAUGAGCGCCGUGGCACCGGCGGCCACCGACUUGGAUACGGUUCUUCAUCGACAACUAUCACGGCCCGAGCCCACCAUGGGCGACAGCGAUUGGUCUGGCGCCCUGGGAAGCACGCUCAGCCUCAAUGUUGACGUACAGGCUCCCCUGGUUGUGUUGACCGGGCGGCAGGAUGUGAUUCAGGAACCUGCCAUGGUGGUGCUAGAUCUGGGCCGCUUUACAGCUUUUACAAUCGAUCCCGACGAGGAGGACGAAAGUGCAGCCGUCUCAUCCCGGUUUGCUGAGCAAACUGGAUCGUCUGCUAUGCACCCGCCCUAUGAUGUUGCCCACCUUGAGCUUCUGACCAGUUUAGAGACUCGUCCCAUCGCGGCCACGGCAGCUGCUGCAACUGACAAGGACACCAACCACAGCGGCGCACCGCGUUCGCCACCCGCGCCGUUGCUGCUGGGUGAGGACACCGGCCUCGCAUCAGAUGGGCAGCACACCCCAUACCAACUUAGCGAGCCUGGCGGCACCGCAGAUGCCUUUCAGACACCACCUUCUUCCCCGACCAUGCUCUUGCGUCAGGAGCACCCGAAACCACGCCACCAGCGAACGGAGCGCUACCGCUUUGAUAUCUCAAACAUGCAGCUCUUAGCCGGUCGAGGGCUCAACUAUGAGGCUGUUUUGGCGGAAAAGCAUUCGUCCUACCACGUGAUGGAUCGCUUCACGCUCACGCUACACGGCGAGCGGCAUUUAGCCAAGGCCCGCACCUUGGACGAGCCCUUGUUCGCUUUGGAUGGCUCGCUGGAGCGCCUUCUCUUCUGCCUCAGCCAUGAGCGCCUCGCAUCCUUUCGCCAAUGCGCCACUGACCUUUCCGGCGCCAUGCAGGUGUUGGAUGACCUUCAACAAUCGUUCACCCCAGUCAUGACCCCAACGCUAGAGGACACACCCGUGUCUCUGGGAGCCAUGGCCUUUGAUCGUGCUGCACGGCAGGCUGGAGAGGAGCCUUUGGAUGGCUUGCCACGCCCUUCCGUAUCUGGCCUACGUGAGAGUACCACCAGUGCCGAAGGUGCAGCCCCGCUGGAACGACUCUUUCGAGGCAAUUUUGUCCUUCAGUCGGCACAGGUCUUGCUCGUCAGUGAGACACCUUUUGCCAUGUCUUACCUAUCUGGAGGUCGGCUUGCCGUGGACGUGUCUACGGAAGGAGCCAGCGUUGAUCUAGAUAUUGCUCACGCAGGCGUCGAAGAUCUAACUCAAGAGCCAGAUUCGCCCUUUCGCCACCUGGUGGAUAUGCGUGCCUCUCGGCUCGACAAAGACCAUGUAUUUGGGCCAGGCAGCAGUCAAAAGAGCCCGCCGCAGGAUCGCGAUGAUGAGCAGGACUCGUUUUUUCACGUUCACUACCGCCAGGUGUCUCGUGAUGACAGCGAGAACGCUUCCGCUUCCGAAUUAGUCGGCGAGAGCGUUGCUUACCAUUUUAUCGAGAUCGAUAUCGACACGAUUGUUCUCAACCUGAAUCGGGAGAGCCUGGCGCGUUUGCUUGAUUUUGCCAUGGUGCCAACGGCAGCCACAGCCACAAUGUCCCCCGAUCACACGGCAGCCAGUUCAGAGGGGCUCUCCAAGAGCAUGCUCGAGCAUUCAAUGUUAUGGCAACCAGAUGAAGCCGCUCGGAAUAGCCUACCUCGCAUUCGUGUUCAGGCGUCGUUGAAACAGCUGCGAGGAGCGCUCAUCCGUAAUCGAGAGGCCGUGGCCCAAUGCAUGGCCAACCAGCUUUGUGGUGCCAUCAAGUUGGAAAAUGACGCCCUCCAGGUGACCGGGAGUGUGGGUCAGGUCGUGGUCAAAGAUCCUACCCCUGCUGGCUCUCUCUACCCCUUUGUCCUUAGCACUGAGGGGGACCAAAUGCUUCAAUUUGAGCUCACCACGUGCAAACUGAACGACCCUCAAGACUCGGUGAACAAGGUCGAGCUAUUUCAUUUGCUGACCGGCGAGGCAUCUCAUCCUGAUGACUGUCCGCCCAUGCGCUACUUUGCCCGUCUGAAGCUCCGGAUGGCAACUGUGAGAUACACACACACUCGCCGCUUCCUGACUGUUGUCUCCAACUUUGCUUCUCAGCUUCAGCAGACCCAGCAGAUGCUGGCUGAGAUGCGACGAGUAGCAGCAGACGUGGUGCACGAGAUUAGCACGCGUACUUUUGAGUCCUUGAUCGCUCUGGACAUCGAGAUCAGUUCGCCCAUAGUGACAAUCCCUCGCAACUCGUUUGACCACCGCGUCGUCGAAGCCCACCUGGGCCGCACCACCGUGUCCAAUCAGAUCCUCUUCUUGCAGCAGGGUCAGAUUCCGGACGGCGUCUCUCAUGCCGUAUACCAUCACGAGUCUACUUCCUUGGGCAUCGUGGAGCGGCUGCACAUUCAAGUUUCCAAUAUGUGCUUUGAAAGCGCCGAGCGACAGAUUGAGCCGCCUGCCUGGAUGCAAGGCCUCCAGGACAGCCGCCGAGGCUCCAUGUUGCACCCUCUCCGCUCGAGCAACCUCGACGACGAAGAAGACAUGAGCUCAGGUGAUGACUACUCAGACGCGGGCGAGUUCCCGUUGCUCACGGCGCCUGCCGAGGAUGAUCAACUCCGUCUUGUAAAUCGCCAGACCAUUGUGGACAAUUGUCAGUUUGACAUUGACUUUGACCGCAAUAUGACCCUCGAGCGCCGUGACAUCCCAGAUAUCCGAAUCAAUGUUCAUGUCACUGACGUGCAAGUCCAGAUCAACAAGUCUCAGUUUGACCUCAUCCUUGGGUUUUUGAGUGAAAACUUUGGCUGCGAGGUUGAGCUUCUGGCUACUCAGGACUGGCUUGAGCUGGAAUACGGCAAGGGUCUCAAAUCUGAGCGUCAACAAAGCGAGGCUGAGGAGGAGCCGGCGAGUCCCGUCUCAGCCGGCUCGGCUGUUGAUCUGGACAGCGUUGGAGGCUCAGCAGAGAGUGCAGCAAACGCGUCCUCUUUGCAGUUUUUCGAUGGGCCGCGCUGGAUGGGCAUGUUGUUUGGGUUCUCCCUGAACAACGUCGGCUUGACCUUGCUGGAUAACUGGGCCACGGAAACACCGAAUCCGCUUGGGCGCUUUGAGCUCAUCCACUCGGAUCUCGUCUUUUCAAGCAUGACGGAUGGCACGCCCCGGGAUCUGGGCUCGCAAUUGGAGCUGAGCUGCCUGGCCGUUGAAAUAUACGAUUGCCGUCCUCAGCAGGGGCGAGCAGGUUGUUACAAGCAGGUUUUGGCCAUUGCCAAAGGGGCAGAGGGUCACGACCCAAGCCAGACGCGCCGCUUGCACGUGACGUGCCGUUUGCAACCAACCCGAGCCGAAGUUUCCGUAGUGUUAAACGAGGUGCGCGUUCUGUUGUUGCCCCAGUGGCUCGUACAGGUCUCGCAAUUUGCAGCCAGCCGGCCGACUAGCGGCUUUCAGGAGCUUUACGCCCGACACAAAGACCGCCUUCGUGGGCGGUUUGCGGUGCCGCAACCCGUCAAUCGAGGUUCUGCCACCGCCCUAGCUGAUAUGCACGGGGAGCAGCAAACAAUGCUCUUCCGAUGCACCAUUACACAAGCAGAGUUUAUUCUCGUGAACAAUAUCAUGGACCCAAGAAGCGAUGUCCUUGUGCUGCGAUUCUGCCAGAACGCUCGAAUCGAAUCGAGCGAACUGCCCGGAUUUCGCGCUGAUCAGGCCGCAAAAAAUAAGCGACUGCGACGCGAGGAACAAGUCUUUCGGACCCUGCGCGCUGAGCUCAAUCUCCAGAACUUUGAAAUCUUUUCCUGUCGCUACGAUCGGAUGAGCGAGACAGCGCUGGCCAUAGUUGAUCCCACCCACGUCACGGCAUCUCUGUUCCGCAAAUCCUUCUUGCGCUACGGUGACAUGACCGAUCGCUUUCAGAUUGAGGUGGAUAUUGAAAACUCAGACCAUCGGGCCGGAGGCGGACACUUGGUGGCCCGCUUGUCGUACAAUGACUUGGCUCUUCUCCUGAGCAUUCUGAAACAGUUUUCAGACGAAGCAACUGCAAGCCUGGCGAAGCUCAACAAGCACCCCAUGCAUGAUCGCAGUGCUGCUCGCCACCGCCGAUUCCAAGCCGACUUGCAGAAGUUGCAGUAUCUCGAAGAAGAUCUGACGCAGUGCUUGGAGGCGCUGACAGAAGCGGGCUCCUACGAAGCCGCUGCCUUCCAACUCUGUCAACGAAAUAGUGAAUCCAGCACAGAACAAGAGAAUCCACUGCUUGGACCCUCGAGUGAUUUUACCUUUCUACAAGGUAGCAUCGGGCUAUCCUCCGCCGUCUUUGGGAGCGGACGCCUUGGUCGGCCAGUGGCCGCAACAGAUCUUCUUCGACUGGGUGCUGGAAGCGCCAAGUUUGGAACAAAGUAUGCCAAGCUGGAGCGAUGGCUGCAGGCCAAGCAACAGCUGUCGGCUGAGCUCAAGGCCAAGCUGGAAAGCUGUGACCCCGAUGAGGUGCUUCCGGUUGAGUUUGCCCAGCUGCAGGGCCUGUACAACAUGUGCCAAGAAGCCAUUGCCGACAUUCAAAAGCAAUUUGAACAGGUGGAGAAUGAGGCUGCCAUUCUGAUGGCCAAGGUAGAAGAACAGCGUGCGCAGAGCACAAACUCCUCUUUUGCAUCCAAGCUUCGCUACCUAGCACGCCUGGGAUUCGCCGAGGAUGACUGUCUGCUUGCCCUCAAGGCUUGUCGAGAAAAUGUGGAAGCCAGCACUGCGUGGCUCUUCCUCAACGCGCCACGCCGGCACAUCGAAAUCACGCGGCACUUGGAGGUGCCCACCGAACCAAAGAGUCAGUUUGAUGAAGCUCUACGGCAAAGUGUGAUCUUGUCUGAUAGCUCUAUAGCCGUUGCACUGCGGCGCUCUAAAAACGGGCCCCAAGGCUCGGAGGACGAUGAUGGUGACGUGGAUUUGGAUAUUGAUGAUUCUGUGAGUAAGAACGGUGCCAAGCCUGGGCCGGGUGCUAUUCAUGCCCGUAGUGGCAGUGUGCCCUUGAUUUCUUCAACUACCAAUACCGAGCCGGCUUUGGCUGUGGGCGGGCCUCGUCCGGUGUCACCAGCGGAGCCAGCGGAAAACCACGAACUUGUCUCUGAAGAGAAGGGUUGUAAAACAGACAUGAGCUUGCGCGCCCGCACCGGGCUGCUGUGCUUUAUGUUGAUUGACGACUAUCGUGGCCGGGACGUGCCUCUGUUUGAAUUGCGCUCGACAAGCAACAGCAUUGACUUGCAGUCCAUCAACAUCCCGGAGGUUCACACCGGCAUGACCGCGACCUGCCAAGCAGCUUUGCAGUUGAACCAUUAUAACCCUGAUCAAUCGCGAUGGGAGCCCGUUCUCGAGUCUUGGCCCAUUCUGGUCAAGGUGGUGUAUACCGCCGAGCCCGAGCAUGAACCCGUGGCAGAAGCAAAUUUGUUGGCCGAGGAGAGCAUGGAUUUGACCGUAACGCCAGGUCUGGUGCACACGGUGCAAUCUGCGCUUGCCAGCAUUUCCGAGGCAUACUCCAAUGAAUUUCGGUUUGAGCGAACACCGUUCACCCCUUAUCGCAUCAUCAAUCAAACGGGUUUGGAGGUCAAAGUCAAGCCAUUCUUCGGCCCCGGCUUGGAGGCCCCCACUGAAGUGCUCUUGGAUGGCGUUGUGAAGGAUAUCACGUUUGAUAUUGUGGGCCGUGAUCAGUUCCUGUCACCUAUCAACUCUAUUCAUAAGCUCGGCAUCACCUUGGAUGGUUUCAAACCACUGGCUGCGCCUGUGGCCAUCCAUCGAGCGGGUACAUUCGUGCACCUCCUGCAUGACACAACUCAGUCGCGCCCGCGGACGCAGAUCUACGUGGUCAUUGAUGUUGUGGAUGGACGAAAGCACAUUACGAUCCGCUCGGGCUUGCUUGUGACCAACAAGACGAGUGUGCCGCUCGAGCUGGCCCUGGUACAGCCCGUUGGUCCAAAACUCGUUCUGCCACCACUUGAGCCUGAUCAAGUGUGUGCCGUGCCCGUACCCUACACAUCGGCAAACAUUCAAGUGCGACCCCAUGCAUGGGGCUGUGACUGGUCGACUACGAGCAUUUCCUGGCUCAACUAUGCCCGACUCACGGAUAUGACGAGCGAGCGCCUGGUCUGCCAUCCAAUCACAGGUGGCGAGGAAGAGUCAGACAAGGACCCUUUUCACGUGUGCUGUGCCAUUUCGCGCGACACAUCACCCAUUGCCCAGCGUCACCUGCCAUCGCACGUAUUGACCUUUUCGCCACCCUUGGUCAUCCGAAACUGUCUGCCGUUGGCGGUACACUUUGCCAUUCCCGACAGCACUGUUACGGGAGAAAUUGCCAGUGGCGCCGCCAUGGGCCUGUGGCAGAUUAACUUGGCGCACAACGUGAGCCUUCGCGUUCAGAUCCCACAUUUCUCCGCGUCGAACGCGGCGCUCAUUCAUGCCCCUGGCAAGACGUCGGAGUUGGAUGCGCGCCUUAUUCUCACCGACCGGAAUGGGCGACGUCUGCCAGUCAACCUGGACAUACAAACCUUGGCAGGCGGUAGCCGCGCACGAGUUUUGAGCCUUUAUGUCGAUUACUGGCUCAUCAACAAGACGGGCUUGCCUUUGGUUGUCUUCUCAAACUGUUUCCAUCAACUUUUGCCCGCGACAGAUGAGGGAGAUCACGAGGCUUUGAGGACUGGUGCAGCGCGCAUGCUAUCGAAGCCUCCGGGCAUGCCGGCCGCAUCGAUUCGCAUCAAGCUCGCUGACGGCCACGGCUAUUGCCCUUGGGUACCCAUCGAAAGCCCUGGAUCUUUUCAGACGGUUGCGUUGUCGUCCAAUGCUCGUGACACGAAGCGGGAGGCCGCUUACGUGGGUGUCGAGGUUAAAGCAGCUACGGGCAGCUUUUAUCGAACCAAGAUUGUGACGCUGAUCCCGUGGUACAAUCUGAAAAACAUGACUGAUGCGCCGCUGUUAGCCUGUCAGGUGCCAUCAAACUCGCGCAGUCGUUUUGUCGAGCUACCUUGCGGAGAAAUGCGCGCCUUCCAUUGGGAGCAGCUGCGCGUCGAUAGCCUACUAACGGUGUGCCGACAGAGCGGCGGAGAACGAUGGCACUGGAGCCCUGGGUUCUCCCUUGAUGACAUUGGGACCCGGCACUUGAAGCUUUACUCGGCUGACCGUCGCCGCAUGAAGUUGGUGCGCGUGGACACGCGCAUCGUGGGGGCAGGCCGAGAAAUCAUCUUCAGCGACGCCGACGCCACCCCACCAUUUGUCAUUUGCAAUGACAGCAACGUGCCUGUGGAGUAUCGCCAGCAAAGCUGCCAGUCCACCUACACAGUGCUUCCUGGUGCAACAGAGCGUUUUGCUUGGGAUGAUCUGAGUGCCAAAACUUUGAGGCUGGAGCUGCGUGCGAUGGGUGGCCGGCCGAGCCGCUUUGUAGCCUGCGACAUCCAAAGAGUUGGAGAUAGUGCGCAGCUGCACUAUACGCAAGAUUUACGCAUUGUCGGGCCCUCCGGCUUAGUCGUCACGGCCGAGGUUGUGGGCGUGCGUGAUCGGGAGCCCCCCUUUCUCAAAGCCUGUCUCAAUGCCGUGGACGAAAAUGACCUGCACCAGCUCUGGCGCUGGCACGGCAAGCAGUUGAUCAACAAAGCGGGGUACUUCCUCGAAGCCACGCGCAUCGGCAUCUCCAGUUCGCAGGUUCGAUUGCGGCAAGCUUCAACGCCCAACGUGUCAGACGUGAGCGAGUGGCGAGUGCAAGAAGGUCGCUUGGCGUGCAAUCGUCAGGUCGAGCUGAGUUCCAACACGCAGAUGGAGGGUCGACCAUACGCACUGGAGGCGUCUUUUGAUGAAAGCACAGGCCCACAGGCCGGUACCUACCUGAUUGUCAACACUUCAGCCACAUUGCGGCCUCCGAAGAACCAACAAUUUGCCCUCAGUCCAUUCCCCGCUGGUAGUGGCGCGGUGGACGUCGUCGUGCGCGCCCAGGGCCAGUGCCGUAUGAUCAACCUGACCGACGCGCUGGAAGGACGCCACGACGACGCAGAGAUGGCCGAGACAAGCAAUUCCGGCAAGAUGAUGGCCAAGGGCUCUCUCAACUUGAAAGGUGGUAUCGGACUCUCUUUGGUCAGCAGCGCCAAACAAGAAAUCUUGUACAUUUCUAGCCGUGAUGUGGCUUUGGAAGGUGCCAACAAAGGCGAGAUCAGCACCUUGGACUUGGCCGUAGGCCAGCUCCAGAUUGACAAUCAGCUGUCCUACAACACUCGCUACCCUGUCAUGCUGCAGCGGAUCAAUACGCCCAGUCGCCAAGGACCGAGAGGGCCACUCUUGCGUAUGCACACGGAGCUGGUGAUUGAUCCAGCGAGCAAUACGACGAUUGUUCGACAGCUUGUGAUCAAGCCUAACAGUCUCCGCCUAGCUGUUGAGGACACCCUUAUUUUUGCACUUGGCGAGUUUGUGAAUGACCUUAAUCCGAGCCUGGCGCCUUUGUUUGAGAUUCCAGAAAACAGCUUGUUUUACGCUGAUUCACAGCGCGAUCUGAGCGAAAGUAUGCAACACCAGCUGGAGGCGAACCAUCUGUGCGUAUGCCUCGUAUUCGCCACAUGUUGCAACCAACCUACCCAAGUUUGUGAUGGAACCCUCACGUCCACCAAUCUGUGUAGUGCCCGCCAUGACGGCAAUCUCUUUUUCGAGUCGGUUUUGAUCGAGACCUUCAAGCUCGAAUUGACGCUCAAGAACAUGUCAAGGCCGACGGGAUUCAAGCUGUUCACCGAGAUCUUCAAGAUGCUGCUGCUGAGCAUUGAUGAAUGUCACUUUGACAUGUCCAAGUUCGAGCUGCAUCUGCCAUUUGUCACUGCAGAUAUUCUUGGCGAGGGCCUACAGACCCACUACCGCCAGUUGUUCGUGCAGCAGUGGUAUCGGGGAGCUUUGUCGCUCACCUUAUUGGGCACACCAACGGUAGUUGUUGGCUCUCUAUAUGAGGGUGUGCGGGCCAUGUUGGACGACGUGACGACGAACCAAGACGUGAUUGGCGGUGGCUUGAACCUGUUGUCACACGUCUCUUCGGGUGUGGCCUACUCAACCUCAAAGUUUACGCAACUGAUGGGCGACCAGUUGACACGUGCCUCCUUUGAUUCCGAGUUUGUACACGAGCGCGAUCGUGCCAUUGCGGCAGCCCGCGACCAGGGCCACCUUGCGACGGGCCUGGGUAACUUUGGUUAUUCUCUCGUGUCAGCUGUCGAAGGCGUCGUGUCGCAUCCGGCCAAGGGCCUCAAGAAGGGUGGCGCCGUUGGGCUCGUGAAAGGCCUUUUCAAGGGUGCUGCUGGAGUGCUGACGAAGCCUGCUUCGGGUGUCAUGGAUCUCGUGUCGGAAACCGCGGCUGCCAUGAGUGGGUCGCGUGGGGCGUCGCAGCGAAUGCGCCUCCCUCGGGCCAUUGGACCAGACGAGGUUGUUCGACCAUACAACAUUGAUGCGGCCCGGGGCCAAUCACAGCUGCGCGUGCUGUUGGCGCGGCCAUCGGAGGAACGAUUUGUGCAUCGCAUGAAGCUGGGGGUGCAUUUGCCCAGCGUGAUCAUCACAAGUGAACGGGUGAUUGGGCUGAACGAGCUCCCGGGCCGAGCGACAAUCAGCUUUGAGCUUUGGUUCCGUGGCGUGCACAAAUUUGAUAUUGUGCAAGGCACCUUGCCCAACAGCGUGCACAAGGACCAAGUUUAUGUAGACUUUUGGGUGUCGGCCGCGAUGUUGCGCCACACCAUAAAGCAACUGGAGAUGCAAGCCACCGAGGCUUUGAAACUGGACUACGAUGUUCUUCACGAUGGACCUCGCGGUCGCAUGAGAUUUGCUCAACCAUGUGAUACACUAGAGAUUGCAACCGAGUUUAAAAACCAGUUGCGAUUCGCGAUCGACUGCUUUGAGGAAGCCGAGCAUCGGAUCCUUCAUUCGCACGAUCGAUUGGUGUAUUUGUAA